GUUGCUGCAGUUCAAUUCAUUCCACACACACACAGCUCAUGUUUGUGUUGCUGCAUCACUUUUAAGUCAUUUAAUUCCGAUAUGCGUCGGAGAAUUGAACCUCAAGCGACAGGCAACGAACCCGCCAAUAAAAAGGAUGCAGCGGAUAAAACACCUCCCAGUCAGGCUGAGACUAAAGGCAGAUUGUCUUAUACGUCUGUGCUCAUAAACAUCGGAAAGUUUUUACUUUUAAUCAUUGUCAUCCCUCCAUUCCUCAACUAUGCAUCACUGCAGAGAGAGGGACAGAUGCUCCUGCCCAAAGAUGGCCAGAUUGUUGAUAUUAGUUUGGGUCAGCAGAUGCAUCUUUUGUGUAAAGGGCAGGGAAAACCAGUUGUCAUACUGGAUGCUCCGACUGGAAUGUCCUCAGACAUUUGGUUUCAUGUCCAAGAAAGUUUGGCCACACUAACAAAGGUUUGUACCUAUGACAGAAUGGGACUGGGCUUCAGUAAGCGAGUGAUGCAGAAUGAAACCACAGGAACUGAGAGAGUUUGGGGGAUGUCAACAACUGGACGGAUGGUGGAUGAUCUGCACCGACUCCUGCAGGCUGCAGAGAUUGCCAAGCCCUUCAUCCUGGUGGGCUCUGAGCUUGGCGCACUCAAUGGCAGAUUCUACAGCCACAUUCACGAUGUGCAAGUGACAGACCUGGUGCUGAUUGAUCCCCUUCCAGAGGACAUUUUCGAGGAGGAGCAGUGGAAGGAGUACUGGUAUGGGAAGCUGCUGCCGUCAUUCCAAACCAGGCAGUUUUCAGCAGCCACAGGCCUGAGUCGCAUGCUGAUAAUCCUGGGCGCAAUGGAACCAGCCGUCAAUGGUGAAGGUGUCACAGAGGAGGUCGUCCAGCGCCAGAAAUACCUACUAAGUAACCCUGCCCAUCAAAGCAGUGCAGUGGAGGAGCACUACUUUCUGAAUGAAAGUGCAGCUCAAGUAAGGGACAUCACAAAGUUUAAGCCCCUCUCCAGCCGGGUGUCAGUGAGUGUGAUCACUGGCGAUCACUUUGACAAGCAAAUACCAGAGCACCUAAACCAGAUGGUAGCUAAGCUUCAAAAGAAGUUUCUGGAGGAGUCCUAUCCAUCAGCCAAUCACAUUCACAUUAAAGGAGAAGACCGACGAAUGAUCUACAAGAAGCCAUCUGCCAUCAUCCAGCACCUGCGGAGGAUAGUGAACCAGCAACAAGCCAAAGAGCAGAGCCAGUGACCCAAAAUGUAACUAUAACUCAGACCUGGACAAGAGAGUAGUUGAAUAUGUUUUAAAUAUUCAAUAAAAAAAGAAAAAAAAUGAUAUCUUUCCCUGAUACAAUCUGUAGAUGUUGUCUAGAUGUCUGCUAAGGUUCUCCAGGGAGUCCAUUUUAGAACAUAUUUUUUGCACUGCUUUUUCUCAUUGGAAGCUUUUUAAUUGAAGAUAGCUGAAGGGAAUUUGGUGUGAUGAAAUACUUGCCGUGGAAUAUUCAGAAAAUCUAAUCUUUCACAUUGUUAUUCCAGUCUCUUUACCUGAUUGGCCGGUGCCAAAAAUUAAUGCAUUACUCCAUAUCAAUCUAAAGGCCACACAUUUCACUGCACAACCUGAUUCUUUUUUAUCUCAUCCGCUUCUGUCUCAAUGCUCUGCCAUGUUAUAUAGCCCCAGGCAACGGUACAUUGAGUUCCUCUGUCUGCUGCAUCAGCUUCAUUAUUUGAUAUAUGCAUAUAACUGAGUUACAUUACUAUCAGACACAAAGCCCUAUUUUUAAUUGUAUAAAUUACAAACAGACAAAUAGGGCUAGCAAACCUAAUGUUGCAUUUUUGUUAACAAAUCUUGAUGUAGCUUUGUGUCUGUUUUUAACUGGAAGACGUGCACUGUGUGAAAGAAAGGCCAGGCGACAUUGGUUUAUCCUGAGGAUUUAAGUUUAAUUAUGACACCACAUCAAAAUAAAAAUUUCCAACAGA